AUGAACGCAUCUCGAGCGCCCGCCCUCAACCCUGAGGGCAUGUACGCGCACGCCAAGCCACCUCCCGGUAUGCCCAUCUCGAUGGCUGUGGCUGUCGGACCAUACCUCGUCCUGAGCUUCGUCCUGAGUGUUAUGGCGGGAGUCAACUCUGCGCUCUUGGCGGUCUACCUGCAUCUGUUCGGCGGUCGCAGUCGCGAUCCAUGGAUCCUCAAGUUGGCAGUGCUCGUCUCGGUGGGCUGCAACGUCUCGCUUGCGCUGUACGCUUUCGUGAAAUCCUACACGGGCAACCUGUUUGAGCUCUACUCCGAGACCGGGUACGACGUCAACAAGAUCGACGUCUACGUGAUCCCUUUCCAUACGCUCCAAGGUAUCGCGGUUGCGAUUGGUCAGACGUACUUUGCCCUGCGCAUCAGUAAGCUCUUUGAUCCGCAUUCCAUGGUUGUCAGACUGGCUCUGUCGAUCGCGCUGAUUGGUAUUGCGGUACAGCUGACGCUGAUCAACUGGUUCGGCGCGGCAUUCUACGCGGUCGGGUUCAAAACGCAUCUUUUGGAUCCGGCGAAACAACGGUGGGUGCGAGCGAUCAUCAAUUCUUGGACCGUGGUCUACGUUCUACUCGACUUAUCCAUGGUCGUCACUACAGUGGCACGACUCAUGGUUAUGUGGAAACAGACGAGCAUGGAUCAUGCGCGAAAGGUCAUCUUCCGCUUGGCUAUCUACAGCGUUCAAGGACAGGUGCUGAUGACGGUGAGCGCGUUGUCGAGUCUGUACCUGUUCAGCCGGUCUCAGACUGGAUGGUAUACUCCGAUGUACCUGUUGAGCGGGGCGUUGUACACGAUGGUCAUGUUAUCCAAUCUUAUCUACCGCAAGGUGGUGGCUGAGGGAAUGAAGCAGGCACAUGUGGAAUCGCAAGAGAUGCAACCAACACAGGGCAAGGUCGACAGUCUGGCGAAACGUCCGCAUACCAUGGAGCCCAAUCCCAAGUACCGCUGCAGCGCACUGCAACAUGGAUCGCACCGCGUCGAGCAAUGGCAGCAACACUAUUCGAAACAGUGUGCGCUGAGUCGCACGCCUACAAAUGCAAGAGACCACGAUUGCCACGCACAGCUUGCAAUCGAGCACGACGAGCAUGUAGAUCCAUGGCAAUCCAUGGCGCUCGCCAACGCGAUAGCGCCAACGCCUCUCCUACCGCUCGCACGCGUAAGCUCCGCGAGUCGCUUGACACGCUCCACUUCAGUCACAUGCUCUGCUGCUGCCUCUCACACCGCUUCUAUCUGUUCCGCGACGCAUGCGUAUCCGACCAACCGAUAG